UCUCCUCAGAUUGCUAUUUGACAGAGGAAGUCUUUACCCUUCCCUGUUUCCUCGCAGCUUUGUUUUUUCCAGCUCACGUGGCAGGAGAGGUGGCUUGCGGCCCUUUGUGUAAAGGGAUCAGUAUUGUUUCCUUGGCCUCACGGGAAGAGGCUGCCCUCGGUCUGGCAGUGACCCUGCGGAAAGGAAGGCCUGUGAGUUGUGCCACCUCUGCAUCCCGUGAGGGUUGUACAGUUGUUACUGCUUGUUCUCCUUCGUUAGUGCUUGGGUCAAAGCAGGGCAUCGUCUCUGCUCAGGUUUUUGGUGCUUGGCUGGAGGUGCCCACCUCCCGAUGUGCCAUCACAGCAGCACUGCUGGACAGGGAGGAGCGACUGGGGUACGAUCCUAGUGCCAGAGUGGACUGUGGCCUCUGAGCAGGUCUCACGGUCAUCCUGCAGGAGAUGUUAGAAAGGCCAACGACAGCAUGGGCAGCCCUGGGGCAGGGGAUGCUGUGCUGCCAGAGGGGCAGGGAGCCAGGGGAGCAUGAGCGGGCUGUUUGUGAGAGCAGCGUCAGCCUGGCCUUGCUCGGGCUUCCUGCCCAGGUGCUCUGUGCUCACCCUCCUGCUCCAGGGUUGUCUGGAAACGUGGCUGAAGGGGAGGGACCUGCGUGGGCACAGCGGGUGCUGUGAGUACACCAGUCCCUUCCAGCAGGCAGCUGCACAGCAGAGCUCUGCUCCUCGGCCCGCGACACCACUGCACCCAGUGCUCUCACAGCACUACCUGGAGAGUGAGGGGCUGCGCCUGCUGCUGCUUGCUCGCUGAGCUGUACGUACCAAGAAGUACCAGGUGAGGGAUGCUCUAGGAUCGUGGUGGAGACACACAACCUUCAGGCUGUGCCCCACAGUGGCCAGAUAUGGCUAACUCGGCACUGGGAACCAUCCUGGCUGUUCUGGCCUCGCUCAUCAUCACUGCCAACGUACUGGUGGCCAUCGUCCUUCUUCGCCUUAUCCAGAAGAGCGGCUACAAGGGACACUAUUUUGUCCUUAAUCUCGCUGUCGCAGAUGCCAUGGUUGGCUUCACGGUUAUGGGUCUGGUCAUGGAUGAGUUUUCUGAGCCCUUUUAUCCACCUCAGAUCUUCUGUGUCCUGCGAAUGGCUUUUGUGACUUCCUCUUCUGCUGCUUCUAUCCUGUCCUUGAUUCUGGUUGCGUGUGACAGGCACUUGGCAAUCAGAAAGCCUUUCCACUAUCUCCAGUUGGUCACGGGCUUGAGGGUUGGGUUGCGCCUGGUGGGGCUCUGGCUGCUUGCCGCUAUCAUUGGCUUCCUCCCAGUGUUUGUCCCAGUCUUUCAGAAGAUCUCUGACCAGGAAAAGUGUUCCUUCUUUGGAGUCUUCCAACCCACCUACAUGCUCAGUGUCUCCUGCAUCGGCUUCUUUCCAGCACUGUUUCUCUUCAUUUACCUCUACUGUGACAUGUUGAAAAUUGCCUCUGUGCAUGUGCAGCAUAUCCGUGAAGUAGAACACGCGGGGCUGGCAGGGAGCUGCCCCCCACCCCACACCACUAGUGACAUGAAGGCCUUGCGCACCGUGGCUAUCCUCAUCGGGUGCUUCGCGCUGUCCUGGUUGCCAUUCUUCAUCGCCAGCAUCGUGCAAACUGUGUGUACCAACUGCUUAACCUACAAAGUCAUCGAGAGCUACCUCUGGCUUCUGGGACUGUGUAACUCCCUCCUGAACCCCCUGCUCUACUCCUGCUGGCAGAAGGAUGUGCGGCUGCAGUUCUCCCAGCUAGCUGCCGGUGUAAAGAGGAGAGUCCUCCUUCACUUGGGCAAUCGCCACCGUUUCCCCGGCAGAGGCACCAAAUCCCUUCCUACCGUGUCCUGCUUGCGGCUCCAGGACUGACGUGGUAAGGAGUAGCAAUCACUCGCUUU